UCCACACUCCAGCACAGUAGGUGGCGGUAAUGCACCUAAGCGCUAGGUUGCCUCCCACCAUUAAGCAAAAAGAAGAAGAAGAAGAAGAAUGUUACGAUCCGCAAAUAAACACAAAGAAGAAGGAAUGAUAGAGUAAAGCACCUCCACGUAGUCUUGUGAAGAUGAGAUUAAUUGUAUUGCACGAGUAGUCCCCAAACAUCUUUAAAAAGUGGGCGGCUGUAUUGCGUUUGAAAAUAGGAGACGCCUGUCAGCUCAAUGGACAUAUUAACCGCACUCAGUAUUUAGCUAGCCUGCAUCCAAAUAAAGCUAACGUUAGCUAGCAACCAUCCAGUUAGGCGAACAAUCACCACAAGACGAGGCAACAUUACUCAACUAUCGACUGAAUUUGAAUUAAGACCAAAAGCUCCAUCUGUCCUCCAUGGCUUCAUCAGCGGUCCUCAUGCAGGACAUGAGUGAGGUUGUGAUCGUCACCAUACCAGAAAGCAUGGGCGAGGACCUCCAUUCUGUGGUGGAGGAGGAGAAGGCAGUGCUGGUGACCGCAGAGCUCACCGCUCAGCCAGGGGAGGACCUCCUCACAGUAGGACCAGUGGAAGCAGAAGAUGAUGCCAGCAGAACUGAUUUACUGUCAAGAAAAGAGGCCAUCAUUGUGAAGUUAACUGAGGAUGUGGAAGAUGAUGAAUUCUACCCCAUCACCUGUGGAGACGCCAAAGCCACGCUGGUCUGGAAGAAGUUUGUCUGCCCGGGGAUCAAUGUGAAAUGUGUCCAGUUCAAUGAGCAACUCAUCAGCCCGAAGGAGUUUGUGUGUUUAGCAGGGAAAUCCACUCUGAAGGACUGGAAGAGAGCCAUCCGCCUCAACAGCACCAUGCUCAGGAAGAUCAUGGACUCAGGUGAACUGGACUUCUACCAACAUUCAAAGGUGUGCUCCAACACGUGCCGCAGCACUAAGAUAGACCUGGUGGGAACCAAAGUGUCCAUCAGCACUGAUCAGUCUGCUGAUCUGGUCCCUGCCACCCCCUCAUCAGCUGAUUUGAAUGGAGCAACAGUCUCGUUUCCUGAGGUGACAGAGGAAACUUCAGAGUGGGUCACAGCCAUCGGAGAGGACUCUGUGGCAUUCUGGCGUGCGGUGAAAGAGGCUGGACUGCUGGAGGACGUGGUAGAGGACUUCCAGAAGGAGCUGCAGGAGGUGCUACAGGGGUUGCAGGAGAGAGUGUGUGACCCACCACUUCAGGUCAAAGAUGCUGUUUUGCUCAACAAUAUAGUGCAGAACUUUGGGAUGUUGGACCUGGUGAAGAAGGUUCUGGCCAGUCAUAAGAGCCAGAUGGAUCGUUACAGAGAGCAGUACACUCGCAGCCUCGCCGCUCUCGAGCAGCAGUGUGACGAGCACAGGAAGCGAGCCAAGGAGCUGAAGAGCAAAUCCCAGCACCUCAACAAUGUCCUGAUGACCCUCACCCCAGUCCCUGCACCCCCCGUGGCCAAGCGUCCCCGGCUGACCCGAGCUGUGUCUGGCCCGGCCUCAGUCAACACCGCUCAGAUCACUCUGCCUCUCAACCAGCUGGGCGGGGUGCUGACCGUGGCAGGAGCCUCAGGCGGCACCAACCUGGGGGGGUACACCCUCCUGACCUCACUUUCUGGGUCAGAACUGCCGGUCGACGCCUCUAACCUGACUGUGCUCUCUGCGGCUGCAGGUCAGGACGUUGCGGCCAGCGGCUCUGCAGCCUCCACCUUUGUUAAGGUGGUCAGCCCUCAAUUCCAGUUGGUGACGCUGCCUGCCACGCUGCAGAGUUUGUCCGCGGCACAAAGUGCCAUCCAACAACAGGUUGGCAGCAUCAGUAUGGUGGAUGCCAUGGCAGCCACUGCAGACGAUUCACAAGAGGAAGGCCAGGUGGAUGGUGAUGAGGAAAGUCAGCCCGAGCAGGUCAAAGAGGAAGAUGGGGAGCAGCCGGCCGAGCAGCAGUGAGACAAAGGACAGCUGUUCUCCUCAAAGGUCAAGCAGCUUGUAAUUAAUUGCCUUCAUUUCAUUCAUUUGGACACCUGACUAAAUAUGAUGGCUGAGGGCUUGUCCACAUUUUCACUUCAUUUAUGAAAAUGAAGUCCUUUAACACAUGAGCCUUCCUUGUAGAUGUCCUUCAAUUUUCAAGAUGCAUACAUUUAUAUUGGCGUGGCAUAUGAUGUGUGUGUGAAUGUCAGUAGUGAUUUGACUGUAAAUAUGUAACUAAUAUAUUUGAUACAGCUGUUUUGUUUCUGUUGGGAUGUCUUCCAUACAGGCUGGAAAAAACAAUAUUGUUUAGUUUGGUAAUAAAUGCUCAGUUUUCAGGAAGAAAUUGUGUGUCGAUACAUAUUGUAAAUAUGAAUUGAUUAAUGAGUGAGUACCUGACGUGCACACAGAUAAACUGGGCUCUUAUUUUAAAGCGUGCUUUGUUUUUUUGUUGUGAGAAACAAAUCUAAAUUUGACAACCUCUUAACUCAAGGGUUAUGGGUUACUUACUAGUUGUUUUCCCCGGAUGUCUUCAUCAAACGGAGUUUAUUCAGUUGUCCUCACAUGACCUGUUAUCACUAGAUUUUUAAAUGUAUUUGUUGAGGUGAUAAAAAAGAACCAAUGUUUUGCCACUACA